AUGGUCAAUACAGGAGUGAUCAGUGGUUCUGAAAACCUGAUGGAUUUCCUCGACGAGCCAUUCCCUGAUGUGGGGACAUAUGAGGACUUCCACACCAUCGACUGGCUGAGGGAAAAAUCACGGGACACUGACAGACACAGGAAGAUAACCAGCAAAAGCAAGGAGUCCAUAUGGGAGUUCAUCAAGAGCUUGCUGGAUGCCUGGUCGGGAUGGGCAGUCAUGCUGCUCAUCGGCCUGCUGGCAGGCACUCUGGCCGGGGUCAUCGAUCUUGCUGUCGACUGGAUGACCGACCUGAAAGAGGGCAUCUGCCUGUCCGCCUUCUGGUAUAGCCAUGAGCAGUGCUGCUGGACUUCCAAUGAGACCACGUUUGAGGACAGGGACAAGUGUCCCCUGUGGCAGAAGUGGUCGGAGCUGCUGGUGAAUCAGUCGGAGGGUGCCAGUGCUUACAUUCUGAAUUACCUAAUGUACAUCCUGUGGGCAUUGCUGUUUGCAUUUCUGGCCGUCUCCCUGGUACGAGUAUUUGCACCAUAUGCCUGUGGCUCUGGUAUACCCGAGAUAAAGACCAUCUUGAGUGGCUUCAUCAUCAGGGGCUACUUGGGCAAGUGGACCCUGCUGAUCAAGACUGUCACGCUGGUGCUGGUGGUGUCCUCAGGCCUGAGCCUGGGCAAGGAAGGGCCACUGGUGCACGUGGCCUGUUGCUGUGGCAACUUCUUCAGCAGCCUUUUCUCCAAGUACAGCAAGAACGAGGGCAAAAGGCGUGAGGUGCUGUCAGCUGCGGCUGCUGCUGGGGUCUCCGUGGCCUUUGGUGCUCCGAUUGGGGGUGUGCUUUUCAGUCUGGAAGAGGUCAGCUAUUACUUUCCCUUAAAGACCCUGUGGCGGUCCUUUUUUGCGGCCCUGGUGGCAGCCUUCACGCUGCGAUCCAUCAAUCCAUUCGGGAACAGCCGCCUCGUCCUCUUCUACGUGGAGUAUCACACGCCCUGGUACAUGGCUGAGCUCUUCCCAUUCAUCCUGCUUGGGGUCUUCGGGGGCUUGUGGGGGACCCUCUUCAUCCGCUGCAACAUUGCCUGGUGCCGGAGGCGCAAGACCACCAAGCUGGGGAAGUACCCAGUGUUGGAGGUCAUCGCGGUGACUGCCAUCACUGCUAUUGUUGCCUACCCCAACCCCUACACACGCCGCAGCACAAGCGAGCUCAUUUCCGAGCUCUUCAAUGAUUGUGGGGCCCUUGAGUCCUCCCAGCUGUGUGACUACAUCAACGACCCCAACAUGACGCGGCCCGUGGAUGACAUCCCCGACCGGCCAGCUGGGGUUGGGGUUUACACGGCCAUCUGGCAGCUGGCCCUGGCGCUGAUCUUCAAGAUCAUCAUUACCAUAUUCACCUUUGGCAUGAAGAUCCCAUCCGGCCUCUUCAUCCCCAGCAUGGCUGUGGGAGCCAUGGCGGGCAGGAUGGUGGGAAUCGGUGUGGAGCAGCUGGCUUACCAUCACCAUGACUGGAUCAUCUUCAGGAACUGGUGCAGGCCCGGUGCAGACUGCGUCACCCCAGGGCUCUAUGCCAUGGUGGGGGCUGCAGCUUGCCUAGGUGGUGUUACCAGGAUGACGGUAUCAUUGGUGGUCAUCAUGUUCGAAUUAACAGGAGGCCUCGAGUACAUUGUACCCCUGAUGGCAGCAGCCGUGACCAGCAAGUGGGUGGCCGAUGCCUUCGGAAAGGAAGGCAUCUACGAGGCCCACAUCCACUUGAAUGGGUACCCAUUCCUGGACGUGAAGGACGAGUUCACUCACCGCACGCUGGCCACUGAUGUCAUGCGGCCACGGCGGGGGGAACCGCCCCUGUCCGUGCUUACCCAGGACAGCAUGACUGUCGAGGACGUGGAGACACUCAUCAAGGAGACUGACUACAACGGCUUCCCUGUGGUCGUCUCCAGGGACUCAGAGCGCCUCAUCGGCUUUGCCCAGAGAAGAGAGCUGAUUCUUGCCAUAAAGAAUGCCAGACAGAGGCAGGAGGGCAUCGUAAGUGACUCGGUCAUGUACUUCACUGAGGAACCCCCCGAGCUGCCGGCCAACAGCCCACAGCCCCUGAAGCUGCGGCGUGUCCUGAACCUCAGCCCUUUCACGGUCACCGACCACACCCCAAUGGAGACUGUGGUGGACAUCUUCCGGAAGCUGGGGCUCCGCCAGUGCUUGGUGACCCGGAGCGGGAGACUUCUUGGCAUUAUCACGAAAAAGGAUGUUCUGAGACAUAUGGCCCAGAUGGCAAACCAGGACCCUGAAUCCAUCAUGUUUAAUUAG